AAUUUUCUUCUUUCUUCUUCUUCUUCUUCUUCUUCUUUCUUUCUUCUUCUUCCUUCUUCUUCUACUUCUGCCGUUUCUUCUUCUUUCUUCUUCUUCUGCCGCUUUGAGAACGUACGAAAGUAUCAAGAUAGUUCUUUUGCACAAUGGGUAGUAAAAAGAGAAGCUCUAACUCAACAGAUGGAAUGGAGAUCCAGUUAGAUACAUUAAUGGGUGACAAUAGUGCUGUUUCAAAAUCCUUAAAGAAAAAAUUGAAGAAGGAUAAGCAGGAAGAUGGGGAUGUUAAUACCCCCUCUUCUACCACUCCUGAUUCUGAGAAACCCAUGGAGAGAAAAAAGAAAAGAAAAACAUUCGACAAAGAGAGAAAGCGAGCUAUUUUGGAAAGUGGAGAGUCCAAGGAAAAACAAAUUAGUGUUAACUGUAAAGCUGAUGAGACUAAGCCGUCUUCUGUGUCUGUUUCAAGCAGUGGUCUCCCUGAAUUUCAUAUUAGUGUUUUCAAGGACUUGGCAUCUGCUGACAUUUUUGUGAGAGAAUCAGCUGCAGAAGCUUUGGCAACUGAGCUGCUAAAGGUUCAAGAAGCAUAUGACAAAAUCGAAAAUAAGGAUUUGGUUGAGGGUGGGUUAAAACUGGAAGCUGAGAAGGAUGAUGGCUUGGAUAAUUGUGCACCAUCUGUUAGGUAUGCUGUACGUAGACUGAUUCGAGGCAUGUCUUCUUCAAGAGAGUGUGCUAGACAGGGUUUUGCCUUAGGAUUUACUGCAUUGAUAGGCACACAGUCCAACGUCAAGGUGGACUCAUUGCUGAAACUUAUAGUUAAUAUGUUAGAGGUUUCUUCAUCGAUGAAGGGCCAGGAAGCGAGGGACUGUCUUUUGGGUCGCUUGUUUGCUUAUGGUGCUCUUGUCCACUCGGGAAGACUAGCUGAAAAAUGCUCUUCUGAUAUAAACAGUUCACAUGUUAAGGAGAUCACCGGUGUUCUUAUAUCUCUUGCAGCUAAAAAACGUUAUCUGCAAGAGCCCGCUGUUUCAAUUAUUGUACAAUUGAUAGAAAAGAUGACACCUGAGGUGGUGUUGAAUAACGUGCUUGAAGCUCCAGGAAUUCGAGAGUGGUUUGAAGCAGCUACUGAAGUUGGGAACCCAGAUGCAUUGCUGUUGGCUUUAAAAUUACGAGAAAAGAUUUCUGCUGAUUGUCCAUCAUUGGUUAAGCUUCUACCAAAUCCAUUCAGUCCUAGCAGAUUUUUUGCUGUUGAUCAUUUGUCAUCCCUCGCCAACUGUCUGAAGGAGUCUACUUUUUGCCAGCCAAGAAUUCACAGCAUAUGGCCUGUUCUGCUAAACAUUCUGUUGCCAGAUUCAGUUUUGCAAACUCAAGAUGCAUCAUCAAUUUCAACCUCUUUGAAGAAGCAUAAAAAGAAUCGUAAAAGUGGCUCUUCUGAAGAGGAAAUUUUGAUAAAUUUCCAAAAUUUUUUUGAAGUUGUAGUUGAAGGAUCACUUCUGCUAUCAUCUCACGACCGCAAGCACUUGGUGUUUGAUGUUCUACUGCUUCUCCUGCCAAGACUGCCAGCAAAUUUUGUGCCUGCUAUGCUGUCAUAUAAAGUAGUUCAGUGUCUGAUGGACAUACUUUCAACUAAGGAUUCUUGGUUGUAUAAGGUUGUGCAGAAUUUUCUGAAAGAAUUAUCUGAAUGGGCACUGCAUGAUGAUGUCAGAAAAGUUGCUGUGAUUGUGGCGUUACAGAAGCACAGUAAUGGAAAGUUUGAUUGCAUUACACGAACAAAAGCAGUCCAAAAUUUGAUGUCCGAGUUCAAAACAGAAACGGGUUGCAUUCUGUUUAUUCAGAACUUGAUGAACAUAUUUGUGGAUGAAAGUCGAACAUCAGAAGAACCUUCAGAUCAAAGUCAAACAACUGAUGACAACUCAGAGGUUGGUUCUGUUGAGGAUAAAGACUCUAUUGGAACAAUGGGGAACUCUGAUUUUUUGAGAACUUGGAUUAUAGAAUCUCUACCAUGUAUGUUGAAACACUUGAAGCUGGAACCUGAGGCAAAAUUCCGGGUGCAGAAAGAAGUUUUGAAGUUUCUAGCUGUUCAGGGAUUGUUCACUGCAUCUCUUGGCACAGAAGUGACAUCUUUUGAAUUGCAGGAGAAAUUUAAGUGGCCAAAAGCUCCCACAUCUAGUGCUCUUUGCAUGAUGUGUAUUGAACAACUGCAGCUGUUACUGGCAAAUGCUCAGAAGGGAGAGGGAUCUCAUGGUUUGGGUAAUGGUCUUGAGCCAAAUGAUCUUGGUUCUUAUUUUAUGAGGUUUCUUGGUACUUUGCGCAACAUUCCUUCGGUUUCUCUUUUUCGUCGCCUAAGUAAUGAGGAUGAAGACGCAUUAAAAAAACUGCAAGAGAUGGAAACCAGGUUAUGGAGAGAGGAAAGGAAUUACGGGUUAAGUGCCGAUGCAAACAAAUUACAUGCACUAAGGUACUUGCUCAUCCAGUUGCUUUUGCAAGUGCUCCUUCGACCAGAGGAAUUUACUGAGGCUGCAACGGAACUAAUUAUAUGUUGUAAGAAGGCCUUUUCUUCUGCUGAUCUACUUGGCUCGUCUGGAGAUGAUGAGGUAGAUGGUGAUGGAACACCCCAGUUAAUGGAUGUUCUUGUUGACACAUUGCUUUCAUUGCUGCCACAAUCUUCAGCACCCAUGAGGUCUGCUAUUGAGCAGGUUUUCAAGUAUUUCUGUGGUGAUAUCACUGAUGAUGGGCUGAUAAGAAUGUUAAGGGUUGUUAAGAAAAAUCUGAAACCCUCUAGACAUCACAAUGCAGAGGAUGAAGAUGAUGAGGAUGAAGAUUUUCUUGAUGUUGAAGAAGAUGAGGAAAUUAAUCAAGCUGAAGCUGGUGGUGACUCAGGUGAUAGUGAUGAACAUACAGAUGAAUCUGAAGCCAUUGAUAGAGUUGGAGAAGUAGGCCAAGAACUUUCUGACAGUUCUGAUGAUUCUGAAUCUGAUGGAGGAAUGGAUGAUGAUGCAAUGUUCCGAAUGGAUUCUUAUCUCGCCCAAAUUUUCAAAGAGCGAAAAAGUCAGGCUGGGAGUGAAACUGCCCAAUCACAGCUUAUGCUAUUCAAGCUUCGCGUUCUGUCACUUCUGGAAAUUUACUUGCAUGAAAACUCAGGUAAGCCACAGGUUUUGUUAGUGCUCUCAAAUCUGGCUCAAGCGUUAGUUAGCCCACAUACAACAGAAGGUAGCGAACAGUUGGAACAGCGGAUAUGGGGAAUUUUGCAAAAGAAGAUUUUCAAAGCAAAAGACUACCCAAAGGGAGAAGCCGUUCAAAUGUCAAUGCUUGAAAAUUUGCUGGAGAAGAACCUAAAGUUGGCAUCAAAACCAUUUAAGAGAAAGAAAUCUGCUGCAAACUUAUCGAAAAAGAAGCAGUCGGUAUCACGGAAUCAUCACAAGAUGAUCACUUCCCUGGGUCAGAAUUCAUCAUUUUGGAUUCUUAAGAUUAUUGAUGCUAAAAAAUUGUCCAAGCCAGAACUACAGAAAGUGUUCGAUAUUUUUGAUAGAGUUUUGGUGGAUUAUUUUCAUAGUAAAAAGUCUCAGAUUAAGGCCGAAUUUUUGAAAGAGAUAAUUAGAAGAAGGUCAUGGGUUGGGCAUCAUCUGUAUGGUUAUCUUCUGGAGAGAUGCAUUGAUACAAAUUCAGAGUUUCGGCGAAUUGAAGCGCUAGAUCUAGUAAUCGAGACAAUAAAAUCAUCAAUUUCUUCUGAAAAUGGACAGCAUGUGGCAAAGGAAUUGAUGGAGAACUUUAUGCAUGAACUAUGCAAUUUGAUAGAGGAGUUAUUGACAAAUAUGCCAGAAAAGCAGGCACGGCGAGCUGAUGUACGAAAGUUUUGUGGCAAGAUUUUCCAAUUCGUAUCCUCUCUUAACAUUAACAAGUCUUUUGUUACAAGCUUAGCUCCCGAAGCUCUUGCUGUAUGUGAAUCUCAACUUGGCGAGCAGUUCAGUAAAUUGAAGCAUUGUGAAUGAUAGCGUAGUAAGGCUAAAACUGAAGGUUUUUCACCCUCAUUUAUGCUCUAUUCUUGUGAACUUUCAUCCAGUCCUAGACCAGAGAAGAAUAGCAAGUUUCUGGUGAAUCCACUUAUUUGGGCUUCAAAAUGAAGCAAAAUUUUCACAUGCAGUUUGAUGGAUGGAGGAAAGAUUUAGUUGAACUCUGUCCUUCGAAUGAAGGUUCAGAAUUCUGCUUCCAGGAAAAGUUUUUUAGGGGUUUACUCAAACAACCUUCUACCGGUUAUGACCUGACGCAGGCGUUUACUGGUUUUCCCCAGAUGGUUGUGGUAUCAUUCUCUCUUAUUUUUAAACACAGUGAUAAACACAUAGAAUAUCUUAUCUAGUUACGAACUUAAUGUUGAAAAAUUUUGAUCAAAUCUUGGGCAAGUUGUACGCUUCAUUGGUUAAAAAUUUCUGUAUUUUAGUAUAGAAAGAAUGAUUAGGCUGAUAAUUUUUGAUGUCCUGUUUUUCUGCAUUGUUUCUUUGCAUUUGGCAGAUAGGCAAAACAGUACAAGCAAGAAAUUAGUUACUCUGAAGUUUUGGAUAAUAUAUUGUCUUUAUAUAGAUUGAUUUUUUGUAGCUGAAGUAUUAUAGGUUUAUUGGCAAUGGGAAGCAACUCAGAUUGGCUAACUGCCAAAGCUGUGGAGCUUAUCUUUUCAA